AAGUAUAUAAGUAAUUAGUAAUAAAUAAUAUAUUUAUAAGUAAUAAUUUUGUCGUUUAUGAAAUAAAAAAAGACAUAAAAUGUUAUUUAAUUGUUUGGCAAAACAAAUUCGCACUCUCCCGUCAACAUUCGCAGUGGCAUGUCGGAUGUCUACAGUGGCAGUAGAAAACGCCGACUUUACCGAAGUCGAAGAACCACCAAUGGUAUACGGUGGAUACACAAACUUACGCCAGGCAUGGGUGUCUAAUUUGGAUACUAUAAAGGAAAAUCCUUCUACAAUUAUAGAUUUGCAUCCCCAAGUGUUUGGAUCGAGACCAAGAAUUGAUAUAAUUCACGAAAAUAUUGUAUGGCAAAGAAAAUAUAGAUAUGUUAGUUACGCAAAUACCAAAGUUACCGCUGAGGUAUGCAUGAGUAGUAAAAAACCUUGGCCACAAAAAGGUCAAGGACGUGCACGACAUGGUACUAGACGUUCUCCGCUAUUUAAAGGCGGAUCUGUUAUACACGGACCGCGUUCUCAUACAACUCAUUUUUAUAUGCUUCCAUUCUACAAAAGAGUCUAUGGACUUACUUCAACAUUAUCUGUUAAGCUAAUUCAGGAUGAUUUACACAUAGUGAACAAUUUAGAUUUACCUACAGAUGAUCCAGGAUACAUGAAUGAUUUAGUUGAUUCAAGAUUAUGGGGACCUUCAGUUCUAUUUAUUGACGAUACUGAUACAAUGCCAAGAAAUAUCAGUUUAGCAUUGAACCAAAUUAAACACAUGAAUCUUAUGCCAGUUUAUGGUUUAAAUGUGUACAGUAUGCUAAAACAUGAAACCCUUGUUUUGACUGUUGCUGCAGUGAAAAAAAUUCAGGAACGACUUCUUUACCAAUUACAUAGGCCUGAUGGUCAUCAAGCUACUAAGAAGUUUAUGUUAAAUAAGCAGCAUUAAUACAAAUAAUCUUGAAAAUCUA